AUGUGUCAGGAAAUCUGCCUCAAUGAUGGGAAAUUUGACGUCGGCCUGCACAAAGACCCACUGGAAACGUCGCCGAAGACUGAUGUCAAGUGUGAGCGACCGUUGGCCAUAAGUGUUGAUGGUGGUGCUAUUGGCAGCCUGCAAGGAGAACUGCGAAGGCUAGAGAUGGUGACGCCUUGGAGGCGGGAUGGCACUGAUCUCGGCACCAGUAUCGACAAGGAAACGGAGAUCGCUCGAUUUGUCACUGAUAUAAAAGAGUCGACUGGGUCGUGA